AUGGCACCAACACAAUUAGAGAUCAAAGUUAAGGCUUUGCAGCGAUUAGUUAAAGAAGAGGGCUUUUACCAGCAAGAGUUGAAAGAUCAAACAGAUUAUGUUGAAAAACUAAGGAAAGACUCUUCAGUUGAUCCAUACGAUUUGAAGAAGCAAAUUGAAGUGCAACAAGAUACUGAAAGGUUGCUUCCUACACUUUACAAGAAGAUAGGUGAGUUUAAAGAGAAUCUAGAAGAAUACUUAAAGACUUAUCAAGGCAACGAAUCACUAGAUGAUGCAAACAAGAUCAUCGAAGAAGCUGACAACCUAAUUGCUUCUCAAUGA